UCUUUCUUUCUGUCUGCUCACUGCUCACCCGGCUUGGCUGCCCCCGGUGGCCCGGGAGGAAGGGAACCGCCGUUGCACAGGAAGUGGCAACACACACUCCCACUUAGACACACACACACACACACACACACAGAGUCCCUCUCUCUCUUUCCCUCCUGUAUGCUCCUCCAGCCCGGGAGGCAUCUGCCCCUGCCGCACUCCUCCGGGCCAGAAGAAGAAGAAGAAGAAGGGCUCCUCCUCCGCCGCCUGCACCAUAGGGCCGCGCUCCCUCGCCUUGUCUCCUGCCUCCUGCCGGCCUCCUCCUGGGCCAAGGCGAUCCGGGCGGAGGCGGUGCCCGGAGAGAGACGCUCUUGCUUCGUGGAGGAGGAGGCGGAGGAGGAGGCUGGAGCCUCUGCACCGGAGCUGGAGGCGGAGAAGGGGAACCAACCAAACACCCCCAGGACGGUGAUUCUGAGUGAAGGACCUUGCAAGCGUAACUAAGUGGUUAUCAUGGGCUUAAUUGCAUUUCUGAAGACCCAGUUUAUAGUUCACCUCUUGAUUGGGUUUGUCUUUGUCGUGAGUGGGUUCAUCAUUAACUUCAUCCAGCUAUGCACGCUAAUCCUCUGGCCUAUAAACAAGCAGUUUUAUCGACGAGUAAACUGUCGCCUUUCCUACUCAUUGUGGAGCCAGUUAGUGAUGUUGCUGGAAUGGUGGUCUGGUACAGAAUGUACUCUCUUCUCAGACCAGGACACAAUCGAUAAGUUUGGAAAAGAGCAUGUCAUCAUCAUCUUGAACCACAACUUUGAAAUUGAUUUCUUGUGUGGCUGGACCAUGACGGAGCGCUUUGGUGUGUUAGGGAGUUCAAAAGUCCUUGCUAAGAAAGAACUGUUGUAUGUGCCCCUAAUUGGCUGGACAUGGUAUUUCCUGGAAAUUGUAUUCUGCAAAAGGAAAUGGGAAGAAGAUAGAGACAUGGUUAUUGAAGGGCUAAAAAGAUUGUCUGAUUAUCCAGAGUAUAUGUGGUUUCUCUUGUAUUGUGAAGGAACUCGUUUUACAGAGACCAAACAUCGUAUCAGCAUGGAAGUAGCAGAGUCUAAGGGAUUGCCUAAACUCAAAUAUCACCUGUUGCCCAGAACCAAAGGUUUUACUACUGCUGUCCAGUGUCUCAGGGGAACAGUUUCAGCUGUGUACGAUGUGACGUUAAACUUCAGAGGAAAUAAAAACCCAUCUUUAUUAGGAAUCCUUUACGGAAAGAAAUAUGAAGCAGACAUGUGUGUCAGGAGGUUUCCCCUAGAAGAUAUUCCCUUAGAUGAAAAGGAAGCAGCAAAGUGGCUUCAUACACUUUAUCAAGAAAAGGAUGCUUUGCAAGAGAAGUAUAAUCAAGAGGGCAUUUUUCCUGGACAGCAAUUCAAACCUCCCAGAAGACCAUGGACUCUCCUCAACUUUCUCUUCUGGGCUACAGUUCUCCUGUCUCCUCUUUUCAAAUUUGGCUUUGGCAUUUUUGCAAGUGGAUCACCUCUUCUAAUUCUUGCAUUCCUGGGCUUUGUUGGAGCAGCUUCCUUUGGAGUUCGCAGACUGAUAGGAGUAACGGAAAUUGAGAAGGGCUCCAGCUACGGCAACCAAGAAUUCAAGAAAAAGAAAUAAUUUCACAGAUGCAGUUCUGAACAUAUAACAAGACUAUGGUAUCAAAUUAACUUCAUUGAAAGAAAGACACUUAGAAAACUUAUCUUUUUUUUUCUUAUUAACUGAUAACUAAUAAUACUUGAGCCAAGACUGAAGAAAUGGGAAAAUUCAAGAGAAGAGGAAACAAAUUGACUACUUAUCUGCCUAAGGAUCCCUGUGUUCAUAGUUUUUGGAGAAAAUCUGGGCUAAAAAACAAAACCCCACAGAAACUUUUUUCCCUUUUUUUGUGGGUGGGUG